UAACAGCUCUUCCACCGAUCAACGGCAAGAAAUAGAAUGGAAAAUGGUUCCAUAGUUUCAAAUGACACAGUCUUCUUUGAGAAUACACUGUUUGUUGCUGUGUAUGGAUUGACGGUGGCAGUCGGAUUACCUCUGAACACCUUUUCCUUGUGGGUGUUCUGCAAAAAGUUGAAACUACGAACGGCUCCAAUCAUUUAUUUGACUAACCUGGCAAUUUCAGAUCUACUCUUCAUUCUCUCAUUGCCACUCAGGAUAUAUUACUUUGCAACCUCUCGGUGGAUAUUUGGAAAGGUUGUUUGCGUUGUGUCGGAAACUGUGUUUUCAUUGAAUUUCUAUACAAGUCCUUUCUUGAUUGCAUUGAUCAGUAUUGAUCGUUAUUUGGCUGUGGUUUAUCCGUUGAAGUCGAGGUUUCUUAGAAGUCGUAAAACAGCCAUCAUCGCCUGUGCUACUGUUUGGAUGAUUGUCACGUUGAUGAGUUUCCCUAUCGCUUUUGUAUAUGAUCGGAAUGAUCCAAAAAACGAGACAAAAUGUUACGAAGGAUAUUCAAAGGAAACUUGGCGAUCUGCUGUAAAACUCAUCUUAGUGAUAACAACCCUUGGAUUUGGUGUGCCUUUUGUAAUCAUUAUCAGUAGCUUCCUCGCUGUUGUCAGAUUUUGGUUUCGAACCAGAAAGGAAUCUCAAGCUUUUAAAAGAUACAACAUCAUACCUUUGUUUCUACUGAAUAUCGGGGUCUUCAUUGUGUGUUUUUUACCUUUCAAUGUUGCUUUGGCAUUCUAUGGACUGCAUCAAGCAGGAUACUUGUCGAUGCAAGGGAGUUUCCCAGUGCAAGCUGUGACCAUGUGCCUGGCCAGUAUCGGCAGCUUCAUGGAUCCUAUUGUUUACUAUUUUACCAGUCAAGCAUUCACAAACAUUGCAAUGAAUACAAAGGAAACUUGCAAUGCAAUGGAGUUACCAAAAAGAGGAUGUCAAACUACCAAUGAAAACUCCUCACUUGGCAACUGAGUGAAUUCCAGGUUUGGACAAGAGCUGGAAUUAGUUGAAUAUGGAUUUGCAUUUGUGCAAUAUGUAACUGUUGUAUGGCAAUUAUGUUGAAUUAAAUCCUUACCUAUUCUGUUUUGAUCAAGUGAAACAUGUUCAUUUCAAUGCUGCAAAUAGUAAGAUAGCUUUUCUGCUAUUAGGUUUGUGAAUUUCUUUGUUCAGUGGUGAAGCAAAUGGUUCUGCAGUUCGAUCUGAUUGGAACUGAAAUGAGCUUCAAUGAGUUGGCCUUUAAUAAGAGAGUGCUGCAUGAUUCCCCCUUGAAAUUAGAUUGAUGAGCUGCAAAUUGACCAGAUACAUUUUACCUGCUUUUUGAGGGUGUUAGA